CCGUACAAAAGUCUCGGAAACUAUAUCAAUUUCAAAUACUUUUCCACUAGAAGACCAAGAGACGACCUUUUACUUAUAUGAAUCAGAAUUGUGACUUCAAAGUUCAAAAACAACGAAACGAUUGUGGUUUUCAGGCGAACGGAGAAAAUGUACGGACAUAACCGGCGGCAACAGCGCGGCGGAAGCAGUCGGAAUGCGGAUACUCCGGCGAACUUGAAGAAAAUUGCGACGAUCGAGCAUGCGGCAGUGAAAGCUCACUCCGAUCUUCUGGCUGCCGGAGAAAGUGUAUCUGCGUGGAGAGUGUCGGAAUCGGCGUUGGUGACGCUGAACGCGGUUUCGUUUGAGUCGAUGGGGUUUCAUAUGCAGAAUGUCCCCUCACUUAAUCGUCUCAUGCUCACUGAAGCAAAGGUCAACUCUUUCAUACAUUGUUUUGUUGGAGUUCAAAAGAUCACUUCAUUACAUGACUUGGAGAUGGCAAUAUGUGAAAGUGAAGGAGUUAAGAGCUUUGAAGAGCUUAAACUGGGACCUAUUUUGAAGCAUCCACUAGUUGUGCACUAUUUUUCUGUUGGGCCUGACGUCACAGAAGUCUGCAAAAUUACAACUGAACAGAUUGUCGCUUACCUCAGCAAACUCCCUCGCAAAAAAGGGAAGACCACGGUUGAUGAAUUAUUGGAUUCUAUAGCAAAGAAAAGGAAAAUAAGCCGAGAAAAUUUAUGCGUACGAAUUCAAAGUCUGGGUAUGCACAUUGGAUAUAUCAUACGUGGAAGGCGAUCUGAAGGCACGAUUCUAAAGAAGUGUAGUGACGGUUUAGAUGUAAAGUCGAUUCUUGAUGACAACGAGGAUGAUGAUGAUGGAAAUGCUGCAAAAGAUGAUGAUGAAAUUGAUAAAAGUAGAGAUGUACAGGAUUCUAAUCUUUUUUCAUCUCAAAAUGUUUCAUCUGACCCUUCAGCAGCUGCACAAACGCAAGGAUGCAGUGAUUGUGUUUCUUCACUUGAAGAGAACCAAGGGUCUAAAAUUGAAUUUUGCACAAAAUAUGCAACUCAUACGACACCCAAAUUAAGGACGAUUGGGAUGCCAGAGUUUCAAAGUGUGGAUGUGGAAACAGGAUAUAUAGAUGAUAAUGCAAUUGAUCGGCAUACAUGGAGUUUCAUUAAGACAUGGAAAGCCUCAUGUGAAAAAGAAGAUACUGUAGUUGAGGUAUUUGGCAAGAUGCUUGAAUUUUAUAAUCCUCAAAAGAAGCGAAAGAGGAAAAGUAAAGAUAUAAAUGCAAAGAUGAGUUCAUAUCCACAUGUCGGAUUGCUAAAUGUUGCAAUUGCAUCAAUAAGGUUUGGUUUGUGGGACCGCAUGAGUUCUACUUCUCAAGCGAAAAAUAAAGAGGUAGCAGUAAAUACAUGUGCUGCUGAUGCUAACACAGAAGUCGAGCCACUUGAAAAAAACGCUUCAGUUGCCAAUGAGCAUGUUUUGGAGGGUAGUGUUGGAAUUGCUCUUGAAGACGUUCUGAAAUACGUCAAGGCAUAUUUUAUGUCUCCUGACUAUGUUCCUGACAAUGUAACUUCUUCCCCAAGAAACCAAAUGAUCUUUUUAAGGGAGAUCUGCAAGCUGGAGUGUGCUCUAAAUCGAUAUCUUUCUGUUAACAACUUUGAAACCCUCGGUUUUGGAGAUAUUUUCACGCUCUUAGGAGACCACCUUUCUCUACUACCUACCUCAUGGCAAAAGUGCUUCAUAGUUUCUGAAAAACGCGAGAAACCUUCGGUUAAAGUUUGCAUGAGUCAACAUUACCUUCUUGAAUUAUUAUCACAAGCCGCUAAUACCUUACAGGAAAAUGAAACCUUAAGCAAGUCAAUGGUGUCCGAGUUGUUAAGAAUGCAAUUUCCUUCUGCCGGUCUUACAUUACUAGAAGAUGAUUUUACAGCCGAUCAUUUGACUACUCGCAUUGAGAGUGGCGAUAAUGUAAACUCGGCUAUCGUUCUAUUUUCUUCGACUUUAACUGAUUUUCGGGCAGAAAAGGAUGUUUCGGAUACUCAUGUUUGCACAAAUGAUGCGGUUGAAUUGUUACUUCGGGCUCCAAUGUUGGUAGAUUUGAACUCAUGGUCAAGUUGGGACUAUAAAUUUGCACCUUCGUUAGGUCCUCUUGUAGGGUGGUUAUUAAGUUACGUAACCACCAAGGAGUUACUUUGUGUAGUAACAAAAGACGGAAAAGCUCUACGGAUCGAUCAUUUAGCUACCGUUGAUUCGUUUCUAGAUGCGUUUCUUCACGGGUCUUCUUUCGAAACAGCUUUAAACCUCGUUUCUUUGGUUUCUUUAUAUGGCGGCGAACGAAAUGUACCCUUAUCUCUUCUAAAAUGUCAUGCAAAAAAUGGUUUUGAAAUCAUGUUCAAGAAUUCGUCAACCAUCGCUUCACGAUUUGUUCUUGAUUGUCUUAGAUAUAUACCCAAAGAGUUCAGGCGUUUUGCAGGAGAAGUGUUAGUAUCUGCGCUUCGUUCGAUUACUAAAGAUGCUCAUACAGUGAUUCUGAGUGAAUGCAAAGGUAAAAAGGAUCAUAUGAUGAUUCGUGAACUCGGAUUAUCACUAGGCAUAGUGGAAUGGUUUGAUGAUCGUUGUUCAGUUUUGUCUGAACCCAGCGAGUCAGUUGAAAAUAAAAGACCAUUUUCCGAAAGUGAAGUCACUCGGUCUCUUGAACUCAAUCAACUCAGUGUGAUGACUCAUAGAGUGCAUAAUUUUGAUGACGGUUGCAUUCCGCCAAUUUUAGACUCCGAUAGAGAGAAAAAUGCUGCCGAAAUUAUCGAGUCGAUUAGAGUUCAAGAAUUCGGUUUGGACCCUAAUAUUUCAAGCGCAGAAAAUAGCGUUUUAGAGAAGCAACAUGCUCGUUUAGGAAGAGCACUUUUCUGUCUUUCGCAAGAGUUAUAUUCGCAAGACUCGCAUUUUCUUCUCGAGCUUGUUCAGAAUGCUGAUGAUAAUGCGUAUCCGACAAACGUGGAGCCCACUCUGACAUUCAUUCUUCAGGAGAAAAGUAUUGUUGUAUUGAAUAACGAACACGGUUUUUCUGCUGACAACAUUAAAGCGAUUUGUGAUGUCGGAAAUUCUACCAAGAAAGCAUCUAGUGCUGGGUACAUUGGCAAGAAGGGCAUUGGAUUCAAAUCGGUAUUUCGGGUUACAGAUGCUCCAGAAAUUCAUUCUAAUGGAUUUCACAUCAAGUUUGACUUAACUCAGGGUCAAAUCGGGUUUGUGUUGCCGACAACUGUGCCUCCUUGUGACAUCAAUUUCUUCACAAACCUCGUCGCAUCAAAUACCACUGAUCAAAUGAAUACGCACAGUUACAAUACAUGCCUUGUGCUUCCCUUGAAGUCAUUGUCAAAGUCAAAGUCAAAGCCAACAGAAACAUCCACCGUAGACGAUAUCACCUCUAUGUUUUCAGAUCUUCAUCCAUCUUUACUACUUUUUCUUCAUCGUCUUCGGUGUAUCAAAUUCAGAAAUAUGCUUACAGAUUCAUUCAUUAUCAUGAGGAAAGAAAUAAUUGGAAACGGUUUAACCAGUGUUUCAAUCGGGAAUGAAACGUUGACUUGGUUUGUUGAGUCCCGGAAGUUGCAGGGUAAUGGUAUUCGAAAAGAUGUUAACUUUACUGAAAUUUCAAUCGCUUUCGCUCUUGACGUUUUGGAAAACGGUAGUUACAUUCCAAAGUUAGAUCAACAAUAUGUUUUCGCGUUUCUUCCUCUUAGAACAUACGGUUUAAAGUUUAUAAUCCAAGGUGAUUUUAUUCUUCCUUCUUCAAGAGAAGAAGUUGACGGUGAUAGUCCAUGGAACCAAUGGUUGUUAUCCGAGUUUCCAAAUGUGUUCGUUAGCGCCGAAAUGUCAUUCUGUAGCCUUCCUGGUUUUAACAAAUGUAUCGGAAAGGCUGUUUCGGUCUUUUUGAGCUAUGUUCCUCUUGUAGGCGAAGUGCAUGGGUUUUUCGCUCAACUUCCGAGAAUGAUCAUAUCGAAGCUAUGCGCGUCUAAUUGUUUGCUUCUAGAAGGUGAAACUGACAAGUGGGUCCCACCGUGUAGGGUUUUAAGAAACUGGAAUGAGCAGGCGAAAACUCUUUUGCCUGAUAGCUUGAUUCACAAGCAUCUUGGUCUCGGGUACUUGCAUAAGGAUAUCGUUUUAUGCGAUACACUCGCACGGGCUUUAGGUAUCAAGAACUACGGGCCGAAAGUUUUGGUUGAUGUUAUAUCUUGUUUAUGCCGUACAAAAGAAGGUUUAACAUCAAUGGGACUUAACUGGCUAUCGUCUUCGCUUAACGAGUUAUAUCUAAUGUCCCUUCAGAAUCCUGUUGAUUUUAAAGUUGGCUCUGAUGUUAUGAAUACUUUGACAAAAACACCCUUCAUUCCUCUUCUAGACGAUAGUUACGGUUCAGUCAACGAGGGCAUGAUUUGGAUGAAUGUUGACGGUUCAUGGAACAACCUAGAAGCUUCUACAAGAUUGUUUGCCAAUCUUCGAAUCGUUAACCCUGCACUUUUUAAUGGUUCAAUUAGCGAAAACUUAACUCAAAUGCUUUCUAGAGUUGGCGUUCAACGGUUAUCUGCACAUCAAGUGGUAAAAGCACACAUCUUGCCAGCUAUUUGCGACAAAAACAAUACUGUCAGCAAAGAUCUCAUGACGGAGUAUUUAUCGUUUAUAAUGGACCACCUACAAUCUGCUUGCUCAGAUUGUUUUACAGAAAGGGAGCACAUAAUCGCAGAGGUUUACCGUAAAGCUUUUAUCUUGACAAAUCACGGCUUUGUUAUACCUUCCGAGUUUUCAAUCCAUCUCAGUAAUGAUUUCGGAAAUCGUAUUGAUAUCAAUAGGUUGAUCAGUGGCAUUGAUGUAAAAUGGUACGAGGUUGAUAAAACUUACUUGAAGUAUAGUUCUAUUCGUAACUGGCGGAAGUUUUUGAAUGAAAUUGGAGUCACUGACUUUGUGCAAACCGUUCGCGUUGAGAAAACGGUUCCUGCGUCAUCUCAGUUUUUUCUCACAAACAUGAUGUGGGAGAAAGUGAUUAUUCCACCUGGAUCAAGCGUUAGUGAUUGGGAGUCUCAAGAGUUAGUUGAUUUGUUAGCGAAAGUAUCAUUAAGCGGUGAUCGUGAAAAAUGCAAGUAUUUGUUGGAGGUUAUUGAUGAAAUAUGGGAUGAUUGUUAUAGUGAUAAAGUUGAAGCUUUUUGCAAUGUAGAUGGAGAAGUUAAGUCUUUUAAGUCUUCACUAGUAACUGCUCUCAAUGAUGUUAAGUGGGUGGUUGCUAGCAUGGAAGAAGGGCUUUUUUGUCCAAAAGAUUUGUUUCAAAAUUGUGAGGCGGUGGGGUUGAUUUUUGGUGAUAAUGCUCCUUAUGCGGUUCCACAGAUUCGAAGUGUGAAAUUGGUGACUAGCAUAGGUUUCAAGAGUACUGUUACCCUUCACGAUGCAUUAUCUAUUCUUGAUAUCUGGAAAAGCUCUGCUACAUCUUUCAAAGCUAGCAUAUCGCAGAUGUCGAGAUUCUACAUGUUCAUAUGGAAAGAAUUGGUUUCUUCAGAUCAGAAAAGCAUGAACUUAUGCAGUGGUUCGUUUAUAUUUGUUCCUUCAUCUUCAGUUUCCUCGAGUGAAGUUGUAUCUGGUGUACUUUUAUCUCCACAUGAAGUCUACUGGCAUGAUAAUAUGAUCACUACAGAAUGUGAACAGCGAAAAAUGUUAAGCAGUUUGUAUCCAAGUUUUCGUGAUUUUUUCGUUAAUGAAUGUGGAGUAACGGAAAACCCACCACUUCUAGAUUACCUUUCGUUUUUACGCCAUUUAUCAACUGUAAAUACUCCACUGGAGGCUGCCAAAAAGGUUUUUGAUGUUUUUGUAAAGUGGAGUGAUGGACUCAAAUCUGGGGUUAUGAGUUUCGAGGAUAUUGAAACGUUGAAAAGAAAUCUUGAAGAAAAGGAAAAUAGGGUUCUUCCGACCGCACAAGAUAAAUGGGUUUCGUUACAAUCAUCAUUCGGGCUCGUUUAUUGGUGUGAUGAUGAAAAGCUUGCUGAUGAAUUUGAGGGGUUGAAUAAUAUUAAUUUUUUCUGUUUAUGUGAACUUACCGACGAAGAAAAAACGAUACUUGAAGUGAACAUCUCUUUUCUUAUGAAAAAUCUUGGAAUUCCCGCUCUUUCAGAGGUUGUUACACGUAAAGCAAUAUGCUACGGGUCAGUAGACAAUAGCUACGAAACUUCAUUGGUGAACUGGGUUCUUCCAUACGCUCAACGCUACAUUUCUUAUAAGCAUCGUGAAAGAUAUCUUCAACUCAAGCUGUCUGGAUUUGAAAAAGUGAAUCAGCUGAAGAUUGUUGUUGUUGAAGUAUUGUAUUAUCAGAAUGUUAUAAAACGGUCAAAUUUGGUGUCGAAGAAGAGACACGAUAGUAUUUGCCUUCUUCAGGAUGAGAUCUUGUACGCAACACCCGACUCAGAUUCUCACUCGAUAUUCAUGGAGCUUUCUCGUCUUUUAAUGGACGAUGAUCUUGAACUUCAUUUGGCAAAUUUUCUUCAUAUGAUUACAACUAUGACGGAAGCAGGUUCCACAGAGGAACAAAUAGAAACAUUCAUAUUGAAUAGCCAAAAGGUGCCAAAACUAUCGGGUGAAGAACCCAUAUGGUCAAUUCAAUCUAUGGGAGUCACGUCUUUGGAUACGGUGCCAUCAGCUACGACACAUGUCACUAAAAGAAUCGUUAACCGCGGUUCAACAUCUCAAAGUAACAGAAACUGGCCACCGGCCAGCUGGCAAACGGCUCCUAAAUUCAUUUCCGGAAGUGUGAGUGAUGUAAAGAUGCAAGAUGUCGUUACGAUAACUGAUCUAAUCGUACCAACUACUGAUGAGGUAGAAAUUCUAGAAGCUCCUACAAGUUUGAACCAUGAGGGUCAAAGUGGAUUGGUUGACCAAGAUGGUUCGUCAGGUUUUAGCCAGAAGGACCAGCUGUCGCAUGGCUCGAUCGAUGCGGGACAAGCGUUCCUUACAGGGAGACGUGGUGAGGAACUGGCGUUUAACUACUAUAAAAACAAGGGGAUCAAAGUUGUGAAAUGGGUUAAUGAAGGUAGUGAAACCGGGCUACCGUAUGAUAUUGAAGUUUGUGACAAUGAAAACCGGAAGGAAUACAUUGAAGUCAAAACAACUGAUUCUGAAACAAAGGAUUGGUUUGAGAUAUCAGUUAGAGAGUGGCAGUUUGCAGUUAAGAAAGGUGAAUCUUAUAGCAUAGCACGUGUUGUUUUGUUGGGUGAUAAAAGCGCUCAAGUCACUGUGUUUAAGAAUCCGGCUAGGCUUUGUCAGCGCGGUCAACUAAAACUGGCUGUUUUGAUGUCAGAGAAGCAGAAGGAUGAGUUUGUUCUGUGUUGAUAUUUGUAUUUGCUCUAUGUUCUUGCAUAUUUUGUGUAUCUAAUGUGUUAUAUAUCUAUGAUGCAGGAUUUGUUUGAAACAAUUUCUAUGGCAUGGUCUUUUGCUGACUUUUUUUAGUUAUGUUUAGAAUUUCUGCCAA